GUUUUCUACUACUCUUGCAGAUUUAACAACUAUUUGCUUUACGAGGAUCGCAUGGGGUCCAGAAAUGAGUCGUCCGAGAUUUCAAGGAACAAGUGUGCUGCAUGCUUUAGACAAUUCAACAAAAUGGAACACCUAGUGGAGCACAUGAGAAUAUCGUAUCACUCAGUCCAUGAACCCAUGUGUGGAAUCUGUAAGAAACAUUGCAGAUCUUAUGAGUCCUUGAGGGAGCAUCUUAUAGGGCCAUUGCCUAAGCAAGAAUGUAAGAAUAUUUUCAGUAUCCGUGGAUGCAAAUUUUGCUUAUCCAUCCUUGAUAGCCCUAAUGCUCGCAGAGUUCACCAAGAAAGAUGCCAGCUCUCCGGUGUAAAUGCUGGACUACUUGCAAGCUUUGCUAAUUUAGGCCUUCGGGACAACCUGACACUCGACAAUGGUUAUGCAAGAGGUCGACAGGUAGUUGCCCUAGCUUGCAAAAUGGUUGGAGGAGGCAGUGAUGGCUCCAUAGACCUUUGCGCAAGGGUUUGCCUGAUUGACGAAAAUGAAAAUAUUAUCUUCCAUACCUAUGUCAAACCACCAAUUCCUGUCACAAACUAUAGGUAUGAAACCACAGGCAUUAGACCAGAAUACCUAAGGGAUGCAACACCAUUAAGGCAAGUUCAAAAGAAGAUUCAAGACUUCCUUUGUAAUGGAGAACCGACGUGGAAAAUUCGUCCUAGAGGAGGAAAAGCCAGGAUUCUCGUGGGUCAUGACCUUGACCGUUUGCAACUAGAAUAUCCAGCUGUAAUGAUGAGGGAUACUGCAAAAUAUCCGCCACUGAUGAAAACAAGCAAGCUCAGCAACUCCUUGAAGUAUCUAACCCAAGCCUAUCUCGGGUAUGACAUCCAAACUGGCAUGCAAGAUCCUUAUGAAGAUUGUGUUGCUACAAUGAGGCUCUACACAAGAAUGAGAUCACAAAAUCAUACGAUAGAGGAUUACCCUCUCGCUUCUGAUCCACAUAACCGAAACAAUUUUGCUUCGUGGAGGCAAAGUGAGCUUGAAAGGAUGAGCCCCGAAGAAAUGUUUGCAAUAUCAAGAUCUGAUUACUACUGCUGGUGCUUGGAUUCUUAAGCAUGCGACUUUUCCCGAAUAGUAAGCAAAGGCAACUCUGUGUCCAUGCGAAAUGAACACACUUCCAAACUAUUCGAUAUUUUAUAUUAAGAAGAAAAAUAAAUUGGGAAGCUUCUGCCAUUCCAUUACCACUCCCCUCUAGAUUACUGGAAGGUACUGAAUAUGUUAUUCAAUAUGUAAUAAGUAGUUUCUUUAAUAUAAAUUUGGUAAUAUAUAUUUAAUAAAAGUAUAACACAUAAUGGUAAUUUAUGUGUUAAUUAAUGCAA